AUGGAGCAAUCCAAACCCAACCAGGAGUAUGAAGCCCAGCCCACAAAACAAAUCUUCAUCUUAUCAGGUCAAAGCAACAUGGCCGGCCGGGGAGGCGUGAUCCGGCUGCACAACAAGCUCAAGCAGUGGGACGGCGUCGUUCCACCAGAAUGCGCCCCCGAUCCAUGCCGGAUCUUCCGCUUCACCUCCCACCUGAACUGGGAAGUCGCGCGUGAGCCGCUCCACCACGACAUCGACACCAAGAAGACCUGCGGGGUGGGACCAGGGAUGUCAUUCGCCAACGCCGUGAAGGAGCGCGUGGCCGGAAUUCUGGGGCUGGUCCCUUGCGCGGUGGGCGGGACAGCCAUCAAGGAGUGGGAGCGUGGGGCUCACUUGUACGACAAUAUGAUCAAGAGGGCCAGAGCCGCCGUGCAUCACGACGGCGGCGGUGAAAUCAAGGCGGUGCUUUGGUAUCAGGGAGAGAGCGACACGUCAUCGCAGCAUGACGCGGAUUGCUACAAGGCUAAGAUGGAGGAACUGAUUCAUAAUGUGCGUUUUGAUCUCAAUUUGCCUAAUCUCCCAAUCAUUCAGGUUGCAAUAGCAUCAGGGGAUGGGAAAUACAUGGAAAAAAUAAGGGAAGCGCAAAAGAGUAUAGAAAUGGAGAACGUGGUUUGCGUGGAUGCUAUAGGGUUGGAGCUGAAGGAAGACAAUCUCCAUUUGACUACUGAAGCUCAGGUCAAAUUAGGCCAAAUGUUGGCUGAAGCAUACCUCGCCAAUUUUGCAUGUUAG